CUGAACAAACAGUGUAUGAAAGUGUUUACUGUUUAAACAUAGAGCUAUUCAACACUGAUUUGAUUAAGAAAAUAACACUCAGAGCAGCUUUAAGCUGUAGCAGACAAGCAUUUGUUUAAAUGUUCACACAGUUAAAGCUUUGGAAAACAAUUUGAAAACUUGAUUCCUGAAACGGGUAAAAACAACAAAUCAGGUCAUGGAAGUAGUAAAACUUGAAGUUGAUGCGUGUCUACUAAUCUUUCCUGUUCCGAUUCUUGAAACGCACACCAGCACGCUGCUGCAAACAUGAUUGCACUGAGAUGAGGGGAAUGAGAGUAAAGGGUAACAACCCAGGAGCGUCUGGAUCUGACCCACAUAUGACAGAUACAGUGUUGUGCAACAACAAGAGAGGGGCAGGGCAACGGGUUGCUUUUCAGAAUUACAACAGGAAAGGAGCAGUGUCACAAAACACAGCAGGGUAACCAGCAGCGAUCAGAAUGUCGUUUGAUCCGAAGAUGACAGAUGUACCCUCUCGACCAGAACUGUUUGAGUUCCGUGGCGUCUCCAUGACCCACUAUUUCACCAACAACUGGGAGAACAUUCAAAACUUUCAGGCCAGGCCAGAUGAUAUACUCAUUGCAACAUACCCCAAAGCAGGGACCACGUGGGUCUCCUUGAUCCUUGACUUGCUGUAUUUUGGCAAAACAGCCCCAGAGCGUCAGACGUCCUUCCCAAUCGAACAUAGAGUGCCUUUCUUGGAGAUCAACAUCCCGUCUAUGUUUCAAGGAAUUGACAUGGCAGAAAACCUCCCCACCUCUCCACGGCUCAUUAAAACUCAUUUUCCAGUUCAGUUUGUGCCAAAAUCCUUCUGGGAGCAAAACUGCAAGGUGGUCUACGUGGCCCGAAAUGCCAAAGACAAUAUGGUGUCUUUUUUUCACUUUGAUCGCAUGAACAUGGCCGAGCCGGAGCCUGGCGACUGGAACAGCUACUUCCACAGAUUCAUGGAGGGAAAGAUGGUGUUUGGAUCCUGGUAUGACCAUGUGACCAACUGGUGGAAGAAGAAACAGACCUACUCAAACAUCCAUUACAUGUUCUACGAAGACAUGAUCGAGGACACUGGCCGGGAAAUAGACAAACUCUGCUCCUUUCUUGGUUUGUCUCCUUCGGCCGAGGAGAAGAAACAAAUCACAGGUGGAGUGCAGUUUGACACCAUGAAGAAGAACGACAUGGUCAACCAUUGCACAAUUCCAAUUAUGGAUUUCAAAAUUUCUCCUUUCAUGAGAAAAGGGAAGGUCGGUGACUGGAAGAACCAUUUCACUGUGGCCCAGAAUGAAGAGUUUGAGGAAGACUACAAGAAAAAGAUGAAGGACCUCACACUUGAGUUCCGCACUGAAGUCUGAACGGGACUGAACAGGGGUGUAUGUGGAGACUGGUCCACAACUGACUAGAUGAUUCCGUUUUUUUUCUGUAUGCUGUGCAAAUGCAACAUUACAUGUAAAGGUAGCCUACAUUUUGUGGAAUCUGUCAACAUGUUGGAAAAAGUGCUCAUAAUCAGAGAUAAUAAAGAGGUUUAUCAAUGAG